AUGUCUACUCCUCAAUACACUGAGGUCCCUGCCAGGGCCAAGAAAAUCAUCGAAACCUUCAUUCCACCACAAGACUUAAUUAAGGAGAAAUCUCAAAAUUAUGCAUCCGUCGAGCCACGCAGUGAGGAUAAAGAAGGUGACACUGAAGUGCUGGAUGGUGUCACAUUCACCCAUCACUUUGUGGAGGUGCCAGGCGAUUACGAGACUGUGCUCUUUCACUACGUGGAAGCUGGAUCGGGAGAGGCAAUCGUUUUUCUACAUGGGAUUCCAGACAGCUGGUUCCAAUGGCACCACCAAAUGGCCGCCUUAGCCAAGGGAAACCGCUGUGUGGCGUUUGACCUGAAGGGCUACGGCCAGUCAGAGAAGAAGGGUGGUGAUUACCGCCAUGAAGGCGUCGCGGAACAGAUGUACAAAGCUUUUGAGAAGAUAGGACUGGCGGCAUCCAAAUUUAACAUUGUGGCCCAUGAUCGCGGCACCGUCCAGGCGGACUAUAUUGUCGCAAAGCACCCUGAAAAGGUGCUGCGUUACGGGCGAGGUGAGCAACACCUGUAUCACUUUCAUCCGUCACUCGCGCCACAAGGCGACCUUUUCAUGGAUCCAGAGAUGAUGCAAGAUCCCAAGCACUUUGUGGUUUGGAUCUAUACCUGGAUCGCCGAGCGACCCAUCCCGAGAAACGAAUUUGUUCGCAUUAUUCAGGAAUUCUCGUAUCCAGGCACCGUGCGGGCAGUGCCUCGAUACUUCAACUCGUCCACUUUCCGUGCCGAAUGGCUUGAUCGGCGGAACCGAUUACUUGAAGCCAUCAUGUCCCCUGUUCUGGUGAUGGAAGGUUAUAAUAGUAAGACUCAGCCUCGGGAAUUCUACGAGAACUGCAGGGAACAUAUUCCGAAUGCGAAAAGCGUCGACGUGGUGUAUCUUCCAGGCGGUCAUUUUUGGUCUAUGGAGAGCCCAGCUGAGACGACUGAAGCUAUUCGCCAGCUUCUUGCCAUGAGAAUUGAUUAA